AUGGCGCCGUCGCCGCCGCGGUCCUACACGCGCCAGGACGUCCGCGACGGCGUCCGCGUCGUCAAGGGCGUUCGCGCGGGCGUCGGCGCGUCCCUGAUCGUCGUCGACGGAGGCGUGUACGACGUCGGCGGAUUCGCGCACCCGGGAGGCGAGCGAUCGCUGCGCGCGUUCGUCGGCGGCGCGCGAGACGCCUCGAGCGCGUUCCGCGGCGAUGGCGGACGAUCGAGCGUGCGCGCGCACGCGCACAGCGACGCCGCGCGGCGGAUCCUGGCGCGGCUCAAGGUGGGCGUCCUCGUCGAAGACGACGACGUCGACGACGACGACGACGACGACGACGACGACGACGCGGCGACGGCGAGCGAGGACUCGGACGACGCGGCCGCGUCCGAGGACGGCUCCACGACGACGACGACGAUCGACGCGCACGGCGUCGACCUCUCCAAGCCGCUCGUCGCUCAGGUGGGCGCGCUGGGCGACGCGUACGAGUCGUGGACGCGCGAGCCUCUGCUCGGGUCGGGACCGAUGCGAUUCUUUAAAUCGGACGUUCUCGAGCGCGCGUCGCGGACGCGAUGGUGGGUCGUCCCGACGGUGUGGCUCCCCGUGGCGUUCGCGGCGUUCGCGCGCGGCGUGCUGGGGGUGGUCGCGGCGACGGAGAGAGGGAGGGUAGGGGGCGACGAUUCCUCAGAUUCCAUCGCUGCCAUCGCGGGGGCCGGCGACCGGGACGAUUCGGACGCCGUCGCCGCGCGCGUCGUCGUCGUCGUCGUCGUCGUCGUCGUCGUCGCGACCUUCUUCGCGAUCGGCGCGGCGGCGUGGAGCGUCGGCGAGUACGUCUUCCACCGCUUCGUCUUCCACCGCGCGCCGCGGACGCGCGCCGGCAUCGUCGCGCAUUUUCUCAUGCACGGCUGCCACCACAAGUCCCCGAUGGACGCGCUGCGGUUGGUGUUCCCGCCGGCGCCGUGGGCGGCGGUCGUCGCCGCGUCGUGGUUGGCGUGGACGCGCGCGCUGGCGCCGACGCCGGCGACGGGCGCCAUCGCGUUCGCGGGGUGCCUGACCGCGUACGUGCACUACGACUGCGUGCAUUACUUUUUGCACCACGACGCGACGAUCGGAGCGAUUGGAGAGAGAGAGGGUGGAGAGGGUGGGGGUGGGGGCGGGGGUCGGUCGGGGUGGAGGUGGGGACCGGCGCGAGGAUGGAUUCGCCGAGCGCUGAUCGGUGAACGCGGGGGAAAGAGCGAACUCCGGUCGACGCACAUGAAGCACCACUACGACGACUGCGACGUGAGCUUCGGGAUAACGAACCGGGUAUUAGAUCGGAUCUUAGGCACGACGCCAAACGGGGACGCGAUGAAGGGCGCGAGAGCGAAAGCGCGCGUUGACUGA